AUGACCAAACCCCACCCAACCAUCACCGAACAGCUCCAGACCACCUACGACGCCCUCCUCCGGAUCCUCUACACUCACACCGACGCGCAGGGCAUCUCGCACCGCCCCUACGGCCUCGACUGGAUCGACUUCGAGCGCCUGAUGUACCGCCUGCUGCUGCUGCAGGGGCUGGCGCGGCCCGGCGACCGCAUCGCCCACGACCCGUGGGUGCUGUUCCUGGACCGGUAUGCGCCGCGCUCGGUGCGCCGCUCUCCGAGCGAGGCCGGCCGCGUGGAGGUGGCGUUUUUCCCCAGCUCGAUUCUGCAGUCGCCUUCCUCCGGCUCUCCGCCCCGCUUGGUUUCUGUGGGUGUUGUGCAGAGAGGUGGGGAUGGUGGUCGUCGCAGCGUCAAUGGCACUACCAACGGCUACACUACCAGCCGCAAUGAUAGCAACAACUACGCCCCCAUGAACAGUGACAGCACUGGAACCCGUGCUCGGGUGGACUCCAACGGCCACGUGCACUUUGACCAUACGGCUGUGCAGCGGGAUCCGAGUCAGAGACGCUCGCCUUCUAUCCCUAGGUACUUUCAAUGA